UUGAUUGAAACUGCCAGUGACUUCGUUUCGAAAAUGAGUUCUGUUCAAGAGGAGAAACCAGCGGAGACGUCACCUAAAACCCAUGUAAGGGAGCUAAGAAACACUGAACUCGUCUCGCGACUACUUGCGGCAACUCCGCCUUACCUCUAUAGCGCUUUACCACUUCAACCCCACGCUUUUUUCUUCAGUGAAAUGCUUCGGUCGUUCGUCAGUGCCAGACAUGGCUGCCGACCCCCACAAUUCCAUCGACGUUUUAAGCGCCGCUCUCAUAAAUACUUCGCCGAGAAUGAAACUGAAUGGCGACGAGAUUGGCCUAAACAGGACGAGGAGAAAAAGGAACCUGAAGCGAGACCCGAGGUCCCAUUAGAGCUGACAGUCGAAAAGCAACCCAGGGUACGUGACGUAUCACCGAUGCGACUCUCUCCGAAAUCUGAGCAAACUAAGUCAAGCGGUAGUCCCGGACCACCCGGUAGACAAUCCACGUUUAUUGAUGUCGGAUCAGAAGAAUUACCGAAAUCAUCUCCAUGUAUUAGAAAUCCAGAGGCAGUGCCACCACAAAAUUUGAUUUUACCUCCACCUCCACCAAUGUGGUAUCCUCCUUUAUAUAAUCCCCAAUUUGGAGUUGACCCAUUAAAUUUUUUCAUUGACCUUCGCGUAUCCGGCCACAUUUAUGACAGAAAACGAACAGUUGCUGACGGAUUGGAAACAAAUAUGAUCCAAGAAACGAGACCAGAUGAAUCCAGCUUGGACAAACGACUUAAUAGAGAUUUCGGACAAAGACCUCGUCAUGUUUCAGCAUUUUCUGUACCAGUUCGUGAUCAGACGGAUAAUUCUAAUAAGUACUACGAUCAGAAUAGGCCUGUAGGCGGAAAUCAUGGCACUUCUUUUAUCAUGAGAAACUUAAAAAGCGUUUACGAAAGGUUACAUGAUUCACAAAACCAAAAAGCGGAUCCAAUAAAAUUAAAUGACAAUGAAGGAACCAAAGACGAUUCUUCAGAUUUAGAUGACGACAUCAUAGAGUAA